AUUCGCGGAUCCAUAGAAAAUGACGCCAAUUUGAUGACCAACUACCUUUAAAGCAAAAACUGGGUGGAGGAUGGGUGGGUGAGGCGUGAAUGCGAUCUUUGCAUUCAAAUCCUACUUUCAAACGCCCAUUCCAAUUUCCACGCCUCCAUUCAUAUUUAGCUCUUUACACCCAAACUGGUUACAGACCCAAUCUAACCUUCCUCUGUCCUACCGGAAACCCCACCUUCCUGCAAUGACUCCCACUGGAAUUCUCGCCGGUCUCUUCCUCCUUUUAGCCUUGUACUGUGGUAUUGACCCUUUUAAGCACAGUGCAAUAUCUGAAUUCCCAGAUUUCAAGGCCUUCAAAGUUGACCUGGCUGACGGGUCUCUGGUGCCUGCCGAGAAAGAUAAAGAUAACUUACUGCAAAGAUCUGAAAUUAAAUUUCUCAAUCAAGUUCAAGGCCCUGAGAGUAUCGCCUUUGACCCUCUUGGCCGUGGGCCUUACACUGGUCUUGCUGAUGGGAGAAUCGUGUUCUGGGAUGGUCAUAAAUGGAUCGAUUUUGCUUAUACUUCACCGAAUAGGUCAGGACUAUGUGAUCCAAAACCAUCACCUUUGAGUUAUUUGAAGAACGAGCACAUUUGUGGCAGGCCCUUGGGGCUUCGAUUUGAUAAGAAAACUGGUGAUUUAUAUAUUGCUGAUGCAUAUUUUGGGCUGUUGAAAGUGGGGCCAGAAGGUGGCUUGGCAACAUCACUAACAACUGAGGCAGAAGGGAUCCCACUGCGUUUUACCAAUGAUCUAGACAUGGAUGACGAAGGGAACAUUUACUUUACAGAUAGCAGUACUCGAUACCAGAGGAGGAACUUCAUGCAGUUGGUUUUUUCUGGGGAGGAUAGUGGAAGGGUUCUAAAGUACAAUCCAAUUACAAAGGAAACCACUGUCCUUCUAAGGGAUCUUCAAUUUCCAAAUGGUUUGUCCUUAAGCAAGGAUGGUACCUUCUUUGUUUUCUGUGAAGGAUCCAUGGGAAGAUUGCUCAAGUAUUGGCUGAAGGGUGAGAAAGCAGGGACCUCAGAAGUAUUUGCCAUCUUACCAGGAUUUCCCGACAAUGUCAGAACAAAUGCAGAGGGCAACUUUUGGGUAGCAGUUCACUGUCGCCGUAACUUUUAUAGUUACUUGUGUGCAAUAUACCCUAAACUGAGGAUGUUUUUGCUCAAGCUUCCAAUUCCAACCAAGAUCCAGUACCUGCUUCACAUUGGUGGGCGGCCUCAUGCAGUGGCUGUUAAAUACAGCCCAGAAGGUAAGCUGUUGCAGGUAUUGGAGGACAGUCAGGGGAAGGUUGUUAAAGCAAUCAGCGAAAUAGAAGAGAAGGAUGGGAAACUGUGGAUGGGGAGUGUUCUGAUGCCUUUUAUUGGAGUUUACAGCUUGGCUUGAUGUAGAAGGAAUUAUUAUAUUCAGGCUAAAUGAUGUCAUUUUGGAGAUAGCUAGUUCCUCGCGCCUUUUCAGUCUUCCUUAGCAGUUGGAAAAUGUCGAGAAAUCUGUUUCAGGGUUAUCUGGUGGUUUAGUAAUUUGUAUAUUAACUUCCUCCUUAGCUUUUUGAUUUAAUAAAGUCCAAGUGUCUUAAAAAAAGCCCAGUGCUUGUAUCUUUUGCUUCUUAAUUUUUAAUUUAAGAUUAAUCCAAAUGUAUAAAUUUUGGAUUAAUUGGCUUAACAUUGCGAUCAGUUGAUCUUUUACUUAAAAUUAAAAAAUUAUAGUUUGAUUGUCCAA